CAACAAGACCUCCACUAUCUCUCUCCUCUUUUCUCUCUCUACCAUUUCGAUUCUAGGGUUUCGUCGGUGUCUCGGCACACCUGAAUUGAGAGUCUCACGGAGAUAGCGAGAGACAGUAGAAGAGUCUCUGACUCACCACACAAUGGGUUCAAUCGCCGAUCCGGGCGAGCUCGGCGAGUUGACUCAGCCGAGCUUCGACGAGUUCCAGAGGCAGACCUCGCUGAUGACGAGCUGCACACUACUGUGGAAAGAGCUUUCCGACCACUUCUCUUCUAUCGAGCAAGAUCUACUGAAGAAGUCCGAAGCUCUGAAGAAGAAGAUCAAAACCCUAGAUAAUCAGACCAAGGAGUCCCUCCAUGUCCUCCAGAAGCGCGAGGUCACCAUCGACGGUUCGGUCUCGAUCGCACUCGAAAAGGUCAAAGAGCGGAAGGAGGCUGCACUGGUAGCUCUCGAAGCCAAAUGCGAGGAAGAAGAGGCUGAGCCCCAAGUUGAUAACGAUGAUGGUUUGUUUCUGAAGUUGAGAUCUUACUGUACGAAGAUGGAUUCCGAGGGCUUUUGGAGGUUCGUGACUGUGAGGAAGAAGGAAUUGGACUCUAUGAGGGCUCAAAUGCCCAUGUCCUUGGCCGACUGUGUCGAUCCGGCGAGGUUUGUGUUGGAGGCGAUUUCGGAGGUGUUUCCGGUGGAUAAGAGGGUGGAGAAGAGCGAGAGAGUGAAUGAUUUGGGGUGGGCUUGUGUUUUGGUUCUGGAAUCGCUGAUUCCAGUUGUGGUCGAUCCGAUAUUGGGGAAUUCAAGGCUUUUGGUGACGCCGACGGUGAAGGAACGAGCGAAGGAGAUUGCGGAGACGUGGAAGGCGAGCUUGGACCAGCGAGGUGGAAUUGAGAACGUGAAGACGCCGGAUGUGCAUACGUUUUUGCAACAUUUGCUGACUUUCGGUAUUGUGAAGAACGAGGAUCUUGAUUUGUAUAGGAAGCUCGUUGUUGGGUCUGCUUGGCGGAAGCAAAUGCCAAAGCUUGCUGUUUCUCUUGGGCUUGGUCAUAAAAUGCCUGAUAUGAUUGAAGAAUUAAUUAGUAGGGGACAGCAGGUUGACGCAGUGCAUUUCACCUAUGAAGUUGGCCUCGUGGACAAGUUUCCCCCUAUACCUCUGCUGAAGGCUUUCCUAAAGGAUGCAAAAAAGGCUGCCACUUCUAUAUUGGAGGAUCCCAACAAUUCUGGCCGAGCUGCGCACCUAGCUGCACGGAAAGAGCAGUCAGCACUCCGGGCUGUUAUCAAGUGCAUUGAAGAAUACAAACUUGAGUCUGAAUUCCCUCCAGAGAACCUCAAGAAGCGCCUUGAACAGUUAGAGAAGGCCAAGAGUGAGAAGAAAAAGCCAGUUGCAGUCCCUGCCAACAAACGAACAAGAGCUAGCAAUGGGGGCCCUAUGCCUCCUGCAAAGGCUGGCCGCUCGACAAAUGCUUAUGUUUCAUCUUUCCCAGCUGCUCCCACAUUCAUCAGGUCUCCCUCACACACUCAAUACCCUACUGGGAUUCCAGCCUACACCGCAGCUCCUGCCAUGUAUGGAAGCCGGAGCCCCCCUUAUGCUUACUCACCUGAAGCAGCCCCACCUGCCCUUGCGGGAUCAUAUCCAGGAGCUCCAGUGAAUUAUCCAGCAUAUGGAGGCUAUGGCAAUGGCAUGGCACCAGCUUAUCAGCAGGCUUACUAUCGUUAGACAUGACUGAUCUUUGAAGAUGGUGACACUGAUAUCAUGACCGUGACUUGCCUGAAAUGUUGUCUAGAUGGUUUGUAAUCACUAACCUUUUAAUGGUAGCGAUAUGUGUGUGUUAAUCCUUAAUCAUCCUGACCUCUGUCCCGCAUCUUGCUUCGUCAAGUUCAGUUGUAUUUUUAAUGUCGACUAAACUUGUAGUACUAGGUGAUUGUGAAAAGUAAUUAUGAAAAACUGCUUAACAAGGACUCGUCUUAUCAUGACUACUGAUGGCAGGUCUUUUGCAGGAAACUCUUUACAAUAAUUAUGUUUUCAUUGCCUAUUUC